CCAAAUCACCCUCCACUCACUACUCACAACUCUCAUAUUCCAUACCCUUUACCAAAUACCACUUUGAUUCUUUUACAUAUUCUUCUUCAGUUAAACAAAGCCAAACAAUUUCAACUUGAACAUGGGGAACUGCACAUCUAGCUGUUUUAUCCAGGUUUCGGACAUGGCCAAAGUAAUCGAUGCUCAAGGGAAGCUAAGGAAAGUGAAGCUCCCUGUGAAGGCAGCAGAGCUCAUGCUCGACGAACCUGGUCACGUCAUCUCUUCCGUGGAAGAGCUGAAACUAACUCGCCGCGUCGUCCCUAUGCGAGCUGAGGAUGAACUGCUGGCGGCUAAAGCUUACGUUUUGGUUCCUAUACAAAGGGUGAACCGCAAAGUUACGGAUGUGGAUGUGGCGAUCAUAGAAGCUGCUUGUAGCGGAAAGAAAAGGGCAAAAAGUGGUGCUAAGGUUUUGCCUGAGUUGAGAGAGGAAGAGAGGCAAGUAGAUCCUGUUUUGGCUGUCCCUGGGUGCCGGCAAGGGAAUUACAGGCCCUGGACUCCUGUUUUGGAACCAAUUUCUGAAGUGCUUUGAGAAGCCAUGCUCGUGCUUUUUGUUGGGUUAGGCUUCCUUCAUCAGAUUUCCCAAAUUCAUUGUUCAAAAGUUGGGAGAUUUUUAAUAUACUUGAACCUGUAAUUUUGUGGUAGAAGAAAUCAAGGACCAGUUCUUUCAUGUAACAAUUUUGGUUAUGAAAGUAAUACAAUACUGAUAUCCACAAAUAAA